CAACCCAUGUUAUCAUUUUCCCCUCCCUUUAUUAUUCCACCAAAACCAAAACCCCUUUAUUCAUUUCAUUUCUCUUAUCCUAUGAACACUCAUUAUCCUCUUCUCUAACAAAGCCAUAGUACGACACUUUUAGUUCAUUAGUUCUUCUUAUCCUAUGGAUACCAUUCGUACCACCACCAUCACCCGCGUGCAACAAACAACCCCAACAAAGAAAACCAAGCCCAAGAAGAAGAACUCACCCCACCCAGUGAAGGUAGUCUACAUAUCCAACCCCAUGAAGAUCAAGACCAGCGCCUCCGAGUUUAGGGCUUUGGUGCAAGAGCUCACCGGCCAGGACGCCGAGUCCCCACCAGAUCCCUCUCGCUUCCACGGCCAUCACCCCGAUUCCUCCUCCUCCGUCGAGAAUGUCGAGAAUAUCGAAGAGGAGGAGGAAGAGGAUAAUAUUCACCGUGUGAAUUGUGUUGUCCCUCCUAUGACAGCAACCGAUGAGAUCAGUCUUCUCAUCGGCUGCUGCAACCAGAACGGACAACAUCAGCCUUCCUCAAUGGAGAGUAAUAAUUUCCAGCUGCUGGACGACGAUGACGUUUUCACGCCCCAGAUGAUUGAGAACAUCUCUGCCCUGCUCCCAGCAAGUGUAUUCUAUGAAUCCCCUCAUCUUAAUCACUGGUGAUACCACGGAUGGAUGCAGUGUAAUUAGUUAUUAUAUUAUAUUACGUUCCUUCUCCUCGGUAAGGUCAAACUCAAAUUGAAAAAAGUUAGUUUUCUCUCCAUGACUCCAUCUAUAUAAACAAAUUGAUGGAUAAUAAUUGUACUUAAUUGUUGAUUUUUGACCAUUAAUUUGCGAGGUAUAUUAUUGCUUGUUUAUAUAGUAUAUAAUUACUUUA